AUAACCCCCAUCGGGCUGGAGCGAGCAUAUGCACGCCUUCGAUAUGUUGGUCGCGUAGCGUAAUUACGUAAGCCUUUCUUGUGCACACUUUUGCACUUUCUCUCAAUCUGCUAUCCACCUUUCGCCUUCUUGAGAGCUGACUGAGCUGCGUGAUCCUGAAUUAGCCUCUCAAAAAGAGAAAUUCUUGUCCCUUUUGCCUGGAUCAGGACCGCUCAUCAGAAGGUUACGUUUUGGUCAACAUUUUGUCGGCACAGAUGCUUUUUCUGGGCUGAUAUCUUUUUACUUAAAGAUCAUGUCUGACUACCAAGGAGCUCCCCCACAAUACCAAGAGAAGAGCCAAGGAUCUGCAGGAGGAAUGGAAGAUACCCCUCCCCCUCCUUAUGCACAAGGACCAGACCAGCCCAGCUACCCUGCAACCAAUCCUGGCUAUCCAAUGCAGCCCCCUCCUGCAUCAGGGUACACUGUCCAGCCCCCACCCACGGCCGGCUACCCAGUCCAACCCCCACCCGCUGCCGGCUACCCAAUGCAACCUCCACCCGGUGCCGGCUAUCCAAUGCAACCCCCACCCGCUGCCGGCUACCCAGUGCAACCCCCACCCCCUGCCGGCUACACAGUGCAACCCCCACCAAUGAACACAGCCUACACUUCUCAACCACAGGCAGUAGACCCCAACAAUGUUGUGAUUGUUAGUCAGCCUGGUCUUGUGGUCCAUCAUAACCUGACCUUCCGGGAUGCCCCUGUUGUUUGUGCCUGUCCUAACUGCCACAAUCAGGUCACGUCUAACGUCCGGCGGGAGAUAGGAGGACUCACUCUCCUCAUCAUGGGAGCUCUAUGCAUCUUUGGACUUUGGUUCUUCUGCUGUUUGAUUCCUCUGUGCAUUGAUGCCUGCAAGGAUGCCGUCCAUACCUGUCCUGUGUGUAAACAUCAAUUAGGCCGCUGGAGUCAGCUUUAGGUCCAGGACCAAAAACCAGUCCCAAUAAUAAGACCUGUGUGUAAACAUCAGUUAGACCACUGGAGUCAGCUUUAGGUCCAGGACCAAAAACCAGUCCCAAUAAUAAGACCUGUGUGUAAACAUCAGUUAGACCACUGGAGUCAGCUUUAGGUCCAGGACCAAAAACCAGUCCCAAUAAUAAGACCUGUGUGUAAACAUCAGUUAGGCUGCUGGAGUCAGCUUUAGCUCCAGGACCAAAAACCAGUCCCAAUAAUAAGACCUGUGUGUAAACAUCAGUUAGGCCGCUGGAGUCAGCUUUAGCUCCAGGACCAAGAACCAGUCCUGAUAAUAAGCCCUGCGUGUAACCAUCAGUUAGGCCGCUGGAGUCUGCUUUAGGUUCAGGACCAAGAACCAAUCCAGCAUUGAGCCUUGCAUGUGUGUAACCAUCAGUUAGACUGCUGGAGUCAGCUUUAGGUCCCGGACCAAGAACCAGUCCAGCAUUAGGCCAUCAGUUAGGCUGCCUGACUCAGUUUUAGAUCCAGGACCAAGAACCAGUCCCAACAAUAAGCCCUGCGCGUAACCAUCAGUUCUGUGGCUGAAAAUGCAGCUCCACUGCCCAUGUCCCUAAACAAAUCAUUUUUACACUUUGUACAUAUAUAUUAUCUACUACUACUAAAGAGGAGCUUCAUAUCUGUUUUUAGGAUAAGAAGUUGAUCUAUGAAACCGUAUUUAUCACAAUUAUUAUCACAAUAUAGUAUUACACCAAAUAGCAUUAUAUCUAGAAUGGUUUUAUUUGUAUUUUUCUCUGUUUUAUUAUGUCUGUUUUUAUAUUUUUUAGAUUGUGUAUUGUGUAUAUAUCGUUCUUUAUUUGCUUUGUGAAAGGUCUUUCAAUAUAAUUAUUUAGCUGAUGUAUAAUCUUCUUUAAGGCAAUGUAGCAAAUCCUGUGGCACAUUAAUACUGAAGGACUGUAUCCUGCCCAUCUACAGUCGUGUAGAUCCAGGAUCUAUCUAGCUAGACAUGAUAGACAUGUAACAUAGCAUAGGUAGCAGUUUGGAUUUGGGUAUAGUACUAGCUUCAGUCUGAAGAAGUACAUAUAAGACACAAAGCUCAUUCCAUCUAGAUAUUGUUAUAAUCUUCACGCAAUAUUCUUGCAUUUAUGUAAUUCAAAAAAACUUUGUUUAUGUUUUUUUCACUGCUAGUACUACUCUGUGUGCACUCUGCGUUGGAUAUCUUUGUAGGUUUUAUUGAAAUAGAAGAGAUCAACGUAAUAGGACCAAAUACAAAUGAUAUAUUCAAGGUUA